AGCCGAUGCGUUGUUGAAUUGACCCUGUUAAUAGGCAAAGCCGUUGGGAAAAUAUAUCCGUUACCGCCGCCGUCCUACCGCCGCCGUCCCAGCGAAACGGUACUCCCGAUUUCUCCCUUCCGAGCACAGGAGACUUCGGUGAGCUCGCGUCGCCGGGCACUCUUCUGCAUCCUCCCGGGCGAUCUCUACCUCCCCUAUCCCGACGGUCUCCGUCCUCCUCCCGAAGCAGGUGGUUUGCAGUGAGCUGACCAAGAUGUCUGGAAAUCCGGUCGGUGUGGAUAACACUUCUCGUAGAAAAUUUGACAAGGAAGAGUAUUUGGAGCGAGCUCGACAGAGGGAGCGGCAGGAGAAGGAGGAAGCCCGGAAAGGCAAGGAAAGAGGCCCUCCUGUGCAAAGACAACCUUUGAAGCACAGAGACUAUGAAGUUGAUCUCGAGUCUCGUCUUGGAAAGACUCAGGUGGUGACCCCAAUUGCACCAUUGAGUCAGCAGGCUGGUUACUACUGUUCUGUAUGUGAAUGUGUUGUUAAAGAUUCAGCCAACUAUUUGGAUCAUAUAAAUGGCAAGAAGCAUCAGAGAGCAUUGGGCAUGUCUAUGCGUGUUGAAAGGGCAUCACUUGAACAGGUUCAGAAAAGGUUUGAGUCACUUAAAAAGAGGAAGGACCCAAGCACCUUUAGUGAACAAGAUUUGGAUGAGCGAAUAUUGAAACAACAACAAGAGGAGGAGGAGAGGAAGAGGCAACGCAAAGAAAAGAAGAAAGAGAAGAAAAAAGAGCAGGCAGCCCGGCAUGAACCUGAGGACAUCGACCCUGACGUUGCUGCCAUGAUGGGUUUUGGAGGGUUCGGUUCCUCGAAGAAGUGAAUGCUUUCAGUUGGCGUUUCUUUGGCAGUCUGAAGAUAUGGUUCAAGACCUGUGCUGCAAAGAUAAUCAUCUUGAAAGAUCAAUGAUAAGAAUCGUAUGGGCUUGAUGCGAAGUUGACACUAGAUGUCUGGGAGUAUUUGAUCAAGGAUGUUUGUCGUAGGAACAGUUGGUAGUCAAAUGGACCAUCCAAGAGUGAUUUGUAUCUUUGUCCAAAGUGAUUAUUUGUUAUGGCACUGCGUUUUGGUCCAUUGCUGGAGAAAAAAAAAUGCGUUUAACAGUCGGCCUGAGAAAAAUAAAUUGCUCUUGCUCCUUAAA